AUGGCGGCUCAAGGGCUGCCCCCUUAUAAGGCACAAUUCUUGAAAACAUGCAUAAGCGGCGGCGCCCUCCUCUUCGGUGAUUUCGAACUCAAAUCGGGUCGAGUCUCUCCAUACUUCUUCAACUUUGGGGCCUUCUACAGAGCAGAUCUCCUGGCCUCAGUCGCUCAUGCAUUUGCCUCAGCAAUCCAUGCGUACAGUGUGGAACAUGAUCUUCAAUUUGACGUCGUGUUUGGUCCCGCGUAUAAGGGCAUUCCACUCGCAGUGGCUGCUGUGACCGAACUUGCACGGAUGCACCCGACCAAAUAUGGCCAACUCUGUUACUCGUACGAUCGAAAGGAGAUCAAAGAUCAUGGUGAAGGGGGAAAGAUUGUCGGGGCAAGUCUGAAAGGGAACAAGGUCUUGAUUGUGGACGACGUAGUGACGGCAGGAUCGGCAAAGAGAGAGGCAAUCCAAACGAUCCGAGCACAAGGUGGCGAAGUGGUUGCUGUGGUAGUGGCUCUAGACAGGAUGGAAGCUGGGGAUGCACCAGCCAACGGACAUGUGACUGGACACGUCAACGGGCGUGCCAAUGAUAAUGGAGAUGAUGUACGAAGUCGGAGCGCUAUGACAUUGCUGAGGGAGGAGUUUGGUAUCCCCAUGAUUGCAGUACUUACUCUGGACGAUAUAAUUGACGGCAUGGGCGAGGAGACUUCGGAGAAGGACUUCAAGAGCAUGACUGAAUACAGGAACAAGCAUAGGGCAUGUUGAU